AUAUUUCCUCAAACAUCUUGUUUACUAUCGCUUCCUUCUGGUUAUAAAAUCGCCGAACGCUCCCGCCCUAGUCCACAACGAACCGGAAAACUAGCCAGACGCUUGUACGCGGGCCACAUUCUGCUCAAAGAUGGACAUCUUGACCCUGUUACCGUCCAGCUUUGGAUAUGUGAUCUUUACUUACCUCUACAGCUGGGUUAUGCUGGCCUAUCUAGCUGUAAAAGUUGGUGGCGCGAGGAAAAAGUACAACGUUAAGUAUCCCACAAUGUACAGCGACAAAGAGCAGGUGUUCAACUGUAUCCAGAGAGCCCAUCAGAACACAUUAGAGGUGUACCCUCAAUGGCUGGUGUUCCAGACUAUCGCAGCACUCGUUUAUCCGUUGUCUGCAUCUGUGCUUGGUGCUAUUUGGGUGACCAGCAGGUUUUCCUAUGCAUGGGGCUACUACACAGGAGAUCCUGCCAAGAGGAUGAAUGGGGUCUAUGGCUACAUCGGAUUCUUUGGCGUCAUCCUUCUGUCCAUAUAUGUUGCUCUGCAGCUGCUCGGGGUUGUUUAAAAUAAUCAUGGGCUUGAGUUUGUCCAUCUUCAAUGAGUUAAUUGGUUCUAAACUGGCUAUCGUGGCAGCAGAAAAGUCCCCAAACAUUUUAUAGGCCACUAAAUUGAGAUUGUAGCCUUUAUAUAACUGUGAAUUUGUACUUUAUGUACUCAAUAAUGGGAACAAUAAUCAGUUAAGUAGAUGACUGAUCCUGUAGCCUCAAAUGAUUAUUUCUUUUGUAAUCUCUUCACACUAUUUGCAUGUCAGGUUAUUAACACAAGAAGACUCCACAUGACCGUAAAAUAAGUAGAGCAAGACUUGUUCUUUUUGGAAUACUCUGAAAAUGUUAUAUUUUCCAGUGAAUGUUGGUAUUUUUUUAUAUACUCAGAAGUCAUGAUUAAUAAAAUCGGAAUAAAUAUCUGAAA